ACGGCCACACUGCUCAUUUGUUAAUAUCGCGUUUUUUGCAACAAGCUACGAAAAUCCGACUUGGAAAGGGGGACAACAAAAAAACCGCGCGCAUUGCGACCACAACAAUAAGAUGUAUAUAUAGGAAACCGUAUGCGGGAGUAGACACACUUGUCCCCAAUUCGUAACCAGAAGUCCCAACACACACGCAGAGCAAAACUUACAGGCAGGCAGCACCCGCAGCAGCAGGCAGGCAGGCAGGCAGCAGCAGCGCAGCCAUGGGACUCGAUUUCGAUGCCCUGGAGUACUGCAAGGGUGUAAAGAACAAGCAAUCCCAGCCACCGUAUGCGUGUCCGGUGCGGGACUGUGACCGCAGCUACAAGACGAUCAUGGGACUGCAGUACCAUUUGGUCAAGUACGACCACGAUAAUCCGCAGCCGCUGACGCCCGUGCUGACGCCGCAUCGGAAAAAGGCGCGCUCCCGCUCCACGCACCACUCGACGCCAAAGCCAAAGGAUAACGGCAGCGGCGGGGAUGCGACCAGCGUGGGUGGAGAGACGAAGAACGGCGGCUGCAGCGGCAUUGGCGCUGGCAGCGGGAGCGUCGCGCGGCAUCAGUACGCCAAUCCCGAGUCCCUGGUCGCCUACAACGAGGAGGAGGCCACCGUCACGUUCAAUAUCGAGGGCAAGAGCGUGCGCUUGGGCAUCGACGAUGCCCUGCCGCUGGUGGAGGAGGAGGAAUUCGUUGCGCUGGUGGAGCGGGGAUGCAUCCUGAAUGCGGACGCAGCGCCGCUGGAGGAGAAUGCACCGUGGGCCAAGGUGCAGGUGCCGGUGGCAAAGGUGUGCGAAAUCGAAGACUACAAUGUGCCUGACGCCCCGCCCCGACCGCUGGCCUACUAUCGCUUCAUCGAGAAGUCACUGGAGGAGCUGGACGGUGAGAUCGAAUACGAUGUGGACGAGGAGGACUCCGCCUGGCUGGAGCACAUGAACGAGGAGCGACAGAAGCUCGGCCUCACAGCCGUCAGCAUCGACACGAUGGAGCUGCUGAUGGAUCGCCUCGAGAAGGAGUCGCACUUCCAGGCGGCGGCCAAUGGCACGCCCACGGGCGUGGAGGUGGACGAUGAUGCCGUGUGCUGCAUCUGCCUCGACGGCGAGUGCCAGAACACCAACGUGAUACUCUUCUGCGACAUGUGCAACCUGGCGGUGCACCAGGACUGCUACGGUGUGCCCUACAUCCCCGAGGGCCAGUGGCUCUGCCGCCGUUGCCUGCAGUCGCCCAGCAAGCCGGUCAACUGUGUUCUCUGCCCCAAUGCGGGUGGCGCCUUCAAGCAAACGGAUCACGGCCAGUGGGCGCAUGUGGUGUGCGCUCUGUGGAUACCCGAGGUGCGGUUUGCCAACACCGUUUUCCUGGAGCCAAUUGAUUCUAUUGAAACCAUUCCGCCCGCGCGCUGGCGUCUCACGUGCUACGUGUGCAAGGAGAAGGGUCUGGGCGCGUGCAUCCAGUGCCACAGGAACAGCUGCUAUGCCGCCUUCCACGUGACAUGCGCGCAGCAGGCGGGCCUCUACAUGACGAUGGACACCAUCAAGGAUGGCCACAACGACUCCUCGAUGCAUGUGCAAAAGUUUGCCUACUGCCACGCCCACACGCCAGCGGACGCCAAGCUGAAGAUGAACGUGCCGGACUUCGAGGACACGCGGCACAAGAUGCGCGAGGCACGCAAGGCGCUGGCCAAGAAGCGCUCGACGGCGCCCGUGGUGCUGAUACCGACCAUACCGCCGGACCGUGUCCAGGAGAUAGCCACCAUGGUGACGAUGCAGAAGAAGAAGGAGUUCCUCGAUCGCAUCAUUGCCUACUGGACGCUGAAGCGGCACUACCGCAACGGCGUGCCGCUGCUGCGGCGCCUGCAGAGCCAGGGACACAACCACGGCGUCAUUCAGCGCAACGGCAUCGAGGGCUCCCCGGACACGAACGAGCUGUACCGGCAGCUCAAGUACUGGCAGUGCCUGCGGCAGGAUCUGGAGCGUGCGCGGCUGCUCUGCGAGCUCGUGCGCAAGCGGGAAAAGCUGAAGGUGGCCUUUGUCAAGAUCUCCGAGGAGGUCGUCAUGCUGCAGCUGAAUCCGCUGGAGUCGGCGCUGACCAAGCUGCUGGAUGCGCUGGAGGCGCGGGACACCAUGGAGAUAUUCCGCGAGCCGGUGGACAUCAGCGAGGUGCCCGACUACACGGACAUUGUGAAGCAUCCCAUGGAUCUGGGCACGAUGCGCGCGCGGCUCAAGGACUGCCAGUACACGACGCUGGAGCAGCUGGAGAGUGACUUCGAUCUGAUGAUCCAGAACUGCUUGGCGUACAACAACAAGGACACGGUGUUCUAUCGCGCGGGCAUCCGGCUGCGCGAUCAGGCGGCGCCGCUCUUCGUGCAGCUGCGCAAGGAGCUGCAGCGGGACGGGCUGCUGGAGCGCACACAGAGCUCGCACGUCGACCAUGUGGAGGCGGAGGUGGAGCAGGAGCUGCGGCAACUGCUGACGCUGCCAGCCAGCGAGGAUGUCGUCCAGAAGCUGCUCAUACUCGCCGACAAGUCGCAGGUGCUCAAGAAUCCCAGCUACCGCACGAAGAAGAUCAAGCAAAUUCGCUUGGAGAUUACGCGCAUGCGCAAGACGCUGCAGAAGGCGCGCUAUGCAGCGCGCCAUGCCAAUCGCAGCCGCAGCGACGAGGAUGAGGCCAGAGGCUCACCCACCAAGAAGCGUCCACGCAAGCGUCUCAACAGCAGCGCCAUGGACCUGGACCUGGAGCCGGAUGACGAGCUGGACGAGGAUGAGGACUCUGAGGAGGACUCAUUGGGCGACGCUGAUGAGGAGGAGACAGCCAAGGAAAUGCUCAGCACCACCCAAACGCCGCCCUGCAGCCCCAUCAAGAGUCUCAACAACAGCAGCUCGCCCGUGGGCAUCAAUCGAAGAACGGCCAUUUUGCUCACGCGCAAGUCGCAGGCGGCGCUCAAGCGACCCUCCGAGCCACUGUCCACGCCCGUGAAGGAGGAGCAACACAAUUCCCAGUCCUCCAGCAGUCAGUCCAUGGGCCACAGCGCCAGUGCUAGUGCCAGUGCCAGCUGCUCCUCCAAUGCAACGGCGGCGACAGCGGCCACCAGCGUGGCCUCACUCAACAGUGUGCCGCCCACGCCCACGCCCACAGCCAAUGCCAGCCUUAACUCUGCUGCCGUCUCGAACUUCACGCUGACGCAGAACAGCAGCAGCAACAGCGGGGGGAAUGGCGCGGGCUUGAGCGCCGCUACGACGCCCGGCGUGGGCGCACUCGCGGGCGCCGCUGCCGCAGCCAGCCUGACAUCCACGGCGCUGUCCAUCAGCAGCAAGAUGAGCCUCAAUCUGGGCGUCAAGUCGCCCAAGCGGCCGGGACGCUAUCGUCGCCUGCCCGAGCUGCGAAACAGUGCCUCAAUGUCACCAAAGAAGUCCCCUAAUCCCGCUUCAGCGGCGGCUCAACCGCUGCCCGAUGCUCGCCUCUUCGAGCGCAUUCCGGACAGUUUUCGCGUUUACCGCGCCAACAAUCAGCGGGAUGUGAGCGACAGCGACGAGGGACCCUCGCAGUCGAGCAGCCCCUGCAGCAGCUGCUCGGACUUCAGCAUGUCCGGCAGCUGCUCGGACUUCGACAGCGACGAGGCCAGCGACGGGCACAGCGAGGAGCGGGAGUCCACGUCCACGCAGGACGGCACCACGGAUGCCAUGGACCUGCAGCACGCCAGCCUCGGGCUGAACAACAGCCAACAGGGCAACGGGAACAUGGCCAUCAGCAGCAGCAGCGGCGCCAGCGGCAGCUCCAGCGAGGAUGAGCCGCUGCUGAACGAUGGGCAGCAGCAUCCGAAGCGACGCGGCAGGCCGAGCAAGGCGAGAACCAACCGCAGCACGCCGACGCCCACGCCCAUACCGUUGGCAGCGCGGGGGCCCGUCAUGUCCGCCGCACGCGGGCGUGGCAAGCGGCGCAGCAAUCUCAGCGAGUCGACGACCAGCUCCACGGCCACGCCGCCGCCCAUCAUGCGCAAGGCGGGCAAGCUGCGCUCGGCCACGCCCAGCAUCGUCUCGCCGCUGGUGAACAACAUCAAAGCGAGGAGGAACACCACGGCAACGGGAAUGGCAACGGCCGCCGCGACGCCUGCCAUCAACAAUAACAAGAGUCGCCACGGGGACAUGGACGUCGAGGAGGUGGUGACCAUGACGCGGCAUCACAACUCGCACAAGCCGACGCUGGAGCCGCUGCAGCUGGUGUGGGCCAAGUGCCGCGGCUAUCCGUGGUAUCCCGCGCUCAUACUCGACCCCAAGACGCCCAAGGGGUUCGUGUACAACGGCGUGCCGCUGCCGGCACCGCCCACGGAUGUGCUGGCGCUGCGCAAGAACUGCCUCGACGACAUUGUCUUCCUGGUGCUCUUCUUCGAUGUGAAGCGCACGUGGCAGUGGCUGCCGGCGAACAAGCUGGACAUACUCGGCAUCGACAAGCAGGUGGAUCAGCAGAAGCUGAUCGAGUCCCGGAAGCCGGCGGAGCGGAAGGCCGUGAAGAAGGCGUACCAGGAUGCGUUGCACUAUCAGAGUCAGGUCUCGGAUCUAGAGGGCCAGGGGCCCGAUCCGAUUAUGUGAAAGCUAUUUGCCCAAUUGAGUUUGUGCUGAAUGCGCGUCAUCGCUCGAAAUUAGCCAUAAAACAUGCCCCCAGCCCCCAGCCCCCAGCCCCCAACUUCUACUAUAAAUAUGUCCCCUUGCUCCUUGCUCCUUGAUCCUUGAUCCCUUAUAGUGUGUGUAUUUGUACGUCAUUUGUUGUUAUACGAAGCAGAAGCAGAAGCAGAAGCAGUAGAAGGCCCUCCAUUAGCGUAUUUCGUUUCGAUUCCCCCCAACCCCCACUGCAAGUGUCCUUUGCCCACGAUUAUGUACAGUUUUUUGUGUGUGUUUUUGUAAUCCCAAGCGAUGAUUUUUGUACAUUAGAUAUUUGGAUUUUUCUAUUAUUAUUAUUAAUUAUUGCGAUGAAACGGAAAGUGUUCAAAGAAAAUGCCCCAAAACCCAAUCCCUAAACCUUAAAUGAAAACCGGAAACACGCGGCAACCAGAUGGAAUUUAUAACCUCAAAAUGUUUCACACGAAAUCAAAUCAAUGUUUAAGUUAAAUAGUUUUAAGUACAAACAACAACAACAAGCUACAGAAUAAGUUCCAAAAC